AAAUUUCUCCGCCGUUUGUUUUGGUACAGUGUUUGGUGCGGUACGGACGCGUUUUAUCAAGUUUAUCGUGUUUAGCCGGCCGGUAGAAACUGGUGUGAUUCCUGUGAAAAAUUAGGUGCUUCUUUUAGUUAGUUAAAUCGAGACGAUGGCGCCACAAGAUGAGGUCCAGCAGCAGGACAAACCCAUCCUCAAGGGAGCGAUUACAAUAUCGCAAAUAAAUGCCGACGAAAUAACCUUCCUUGCGAACCGCUUUUGGGCACCGGAUACAGCAAACGCGCAUGAAGCGUACAAUGCGCAAAUAAUAGAGGAUAUCUAUCGGAAAGAAAUCUGCGAUUCGCGCCAUUCGUUGCGCCGGAUCAUGAUGCUGGAGUUUAGCCAGUACUUGGAAAACUAUCUGUGGCCCAACUUUGACGGGCAAGGUGCGAGCCGUGCCCAUCUUCUGUCGAUCGUGGCGAUGGUGAAUGAAAAGUUUCGUGAAAAGGUGGAAGUGUGGCAAGUGUUCGAAAAGAGUGGUGAGCUGUUUGCGAACUUCUUCCAGCGCGUGCUGGAAGCAUGCAUCGAAGAGUGUCCCGUAACACCGGCCACGAUGCGCGAGCAGACGGCACUGCUUGUUUUUUUAAACCAUUGCUUCAACAGCAUGGAGGUGGAGAUAUGCCGCAAUCAGGCGAAGCGGCUCGUAUCGCUGGCUAUGUGGGCUUGUCUGCAGCCGAAGCGACGGGAGCAGGAGCUAAACCAAACCCCGGAAUGGCGCAAGUUCUGGAAAAAGUUACAGAAAAGGGAUAAGCCCGAGCAGAAAGAUAAGCUUGGCUGGGAGCGUCACUUUUUGCAGAAUCUAAUGAUCAAAUUUAUUCGCAUCCUUGAGACCAUUCCGUUGGAUGGGCCGGUAUGUGAGGAGGCGGUGCGCUACUGUGAGCGGUUCGUAGAGUUUUUGAUAGAUCUGGAGGCACUGUUACCGACGAGACGGUUUUUCAAUACCGUCAUGGACGAUUGCCACGUUGUCGUACGGUGCUCCUUGUCGUCGCUGGUUCGCCGUGAAGAAGGAAAUCUGUUUGCUCAGCUACUGGACAUGCUCAAGUUCUACGCCCGCUUCGAGAUAAACGAUAAAACUGGGGAUCCCCUGACUGACCACGACAUGACGCAGUUGCACUAUGCAAAAAUCAAAUCGCUCCAGAAGGCAGCAUUCGCAAAAUUUCCCAACCUACGUAUGUUCGCUCUGUCGAACGUGGCGAACGUGGAUACGCGUGAAUCGCUCGAGAAACACUUCGGUGCAUUAGAUUGCGCCAGUCUCCGGGAAAUUGCCUGCUAUCUGAACCUUGUCCCAGAGCAACUGGAGCCCCCGUUCGAGUGGCACCGGACGGAUGAGACGUUCCUGCGGGAGCUGCUAAUUUCGCGACACGAGCGGCGCGUGUCACAGCUGGAGUCGCUGAACGAGAUGCCCCUGUACCCGACCGAGGACAUCAUCUGGAACGAGAACGUCGUCCCGACGGAGUUCUACUCGGGCGAAGGAUGUUUGGCGCUGCCGAAGCUGAACCUACAGUUUCUCACGCUGCAUGAUUAUCUAUUGCGGAACUUUAAUCUGUUUCGGCUGGAGUCUACGUACGAAAUCCGCCAGGAUAUCGAGGAUGCCGUCAGUCGGAUGCUACCCUGGAAAUCGGAGGACGGUGACGUUGUGUUCGGCGGGUGGGCCCGUAUGGCUCUGCCGAUUCAAUCGUUCGCCGUGGUCGAAGUGUCCAAGCCACACAUCGGCGAGAAGAAACCGUCCCGUGUACGGGCUGACGUUAGCGUAACGCUGAACGUGCGCAAAGAGGUACAGGAAGAGUGGGAAAAUCUCCGCAAGCACGAUGUGUGCUUCCUCGUGACGGUCCGGCCAACGCAACCGAUCGGCACCAAGUACGACUACCGUGAACACUUUGUGCCGCAGGUUGGACUGGUGCAUGUGCGCGGUUGCGAGAUCGAGGGUAUGCUCGAUGCGAAUGGGCGCGUCAUUGAGGAUGGAAUUGAGCAGCGACCACAGUUGGCCGGUGAGCAGCGUACCUUCCGCGUUUGGCUCGAUUCGAACCAGUACCGGUUGGAUAUGGAUGCCACGUUACAGGCCGGCGGGGAGGAAGACGAUGGCAGGGAGGACGUGUACGAGGGCUUUAACAUCAUCAUGCGCCGAAAGCCGAAGGAAAACAACUUUAAGGCCGUGCUGGAAACGAUUCGCCAUCUGAUGAACACGGAAUGCGUCGUGCCACCGUGGCUGCACGAUAUUCUGCUCGGGUACGGUGAUCCCGGUGCGGCUCACUACAGUCGCAUGCCGGAUCAGGCACGGGUGCUGGAUUUCAAUGACACGUUUCUGGACUACGCGCAUGUAGCGAGCAGUUUCCCGACGUACGAGAUUGUGGCAGCGGAGCAGGAAAGUAUGGCCCUUCAGCCACCGUUCCGUCUUACGUUUGAGGAUGUUCCGAAGGAAAGCGAAUCCGAUACGGAGUCGGACGGCAAAGAGAAGGAAACGGAGGAUGAGCUACCGAAGCGUAUCCUCGUCGAACCGUACCGCAUUCCGAGCCGUGGUCCGUACAAGUACAACGAGCCGAAGAAGAACGCAAUUCGCUUCACGCCGACCCAGAUCGAAGCGAUCCGUGCGGGAAUGCAACCCGGCUUGACGUUGGUGGUCGGUCCACCCGGUACGGGUAAGACGGACGUAGCGGUGCAGAUAAUUUCCAACCUGUACCACAACCACCCGCAGCAGCGUACACUGAUUGUGACGCAUUCUAAUCAAGCAUUGAAUCAGCUUUUCGAGAAGAUCAUGGCGUUGGAUAUUGACGAGCGGCAUCUAUUGCGUUUGGGUCAUGGUGAGGAAUCGCUCGAAACGGAGAAGGACUACAGUCGGUACGGACGGGUGAAUUACGUGCUGUCUAAGCGUAUCGAUUUGCUCGGUCAGGUACAACGAUUGCAGGAGUCGCUAGGAGUUAGUGGCGAUGUGGCGUACACGUGCGAGACAGCAGGACACUUCUAUCUGUACCAUGUGGUGGCACGCUGGGAGAAGUUUCUGAGCGAAUUCGAAGGUGAGGGAGCUGCUGCGGCAUCGGAUGGCGAUCCGACACGUCGAGAGCAUUUCGAGCAGCAGUUCCCCUUUGUCCGGUUCUUCAAGGAUGCUCCGCUACCGUUGUUCGGUGGGGCUACGUACGCGGAAAACAUGGACAUUGCACACAGCUGCUUCCGGUACAUCUCGCACAUGUUCGCUGAGCUGGAGGAGUUCCGCGCGUUCGAGCUGUUGCGCAGUGGGUUGGACCGCUCGAAGUAUUUGCUGGUGAAGGAGGCAAAGAUCAUCGCGAUGACGUGUACGCAUGCGGCACUCAAACGCAAGGAGCUGGUCACGAUGGGCUUCAAGUACGACAACAUCCUGAUGGAGGAGGCGGCACAGAUUUUGGAAAUCGAAACAUUCAUUCCACUGCUGCUGCAGAACCCUCUGGAUGGGUACAACCGGCUGAAGCGUUGGAUCAUGAUCGGUGAUCACCAUCAGCUGCCACCCGUGAUCAAGAACAUGGCGUUCCAGAAGUACUCCAACAUGGAGCAAUCGCUGUUUACGCGCCUAGUGCGUCUCGGCGUUCCGACGAUCGAUCUCGACGGACAGGGUCGUGCACGGUCGAGUAUUUGUGAGCUGUACAAGUGGCGCUACAGUCGUCUGGGUGAUCUGGAGCAUGUCCGCAAAUGGCCAGAGUACUGCCGCGCCAAUGCUGGGUUCGCAUUCGAGUAUCAGCUGAUCAAUGUGGAAGACUUUAAUGGGGUUGGUGAAUCGGAACCGAACCCGUACUUCUAUCAGAACCUUGCCGAAGCAGAGUAUGUGGUGGCCGUGUUCAUGUACAUGCGGCUGCUUGGCUAUCCGGCAGAGAAGAUUUCCAUCCUCACCACAUACAACGGUCAGAAGCAUCUGAUUCGGGAUGUAAUUGAGUCGCGCUGUGCCAACAAUCCGAUGUUCGGCAAACCGCACAAAGUGACCACCGUUGACAAGUACCAGGGUCAGCAGAACGAUUACAUUUUGCUGUCCUUGGUUCGUACGAAAACGAUCGGUCACAUUCGGGACGUGCGGCGUCUGGUGGUGGCGAUGAGUCGUGCCCGCUUAGGGCUGUAUAUUUUCGGACGAGUGGGACUAUUUAAGAACUGUGUCGAAUUGCGGCCAGCGUUCCGGCUGCUGAUGAAUCGACCGCUCGAGUUGCAGCUACAUCCGGCAGAGAAAUAUCCCGGUGAACGUGAGCUGCUAGCUGGCGCCGGCCGUGACAGCAAUGCGUCCGCCGAUUCAUCGUCCUCCUCCGUGCGAUCGAUAAAGGACAUGACGGAAAUGGCACAGUUUGUAUAUCAACAGUAUAUGCAGCAGGUGAACGUAAUCCGCGAGGAAAUGGAAAAAAUGAAAACCCUGUUCGAGAAGCAACGCCAGGAACAGCGGCAGGAAAAGAUGGAACAACAAAUCAAGCAAGCCGAUGCGGAAGCUCAGGAAGCGGAAAAGCAACGGAAGGCGGAAGCAGAAGCGAAGAAAGAUUUUACACCCACUCCGAUACGUAACGAAAUAGCCGAUUCGGUUGUUGAACUGGUAGCCGUGCCGGCGGUGCGUCGUGGCAAGAAACGAGCUGCUGAAGAGGAAGAAGAACCGGCUCCCCAAGAAGAGGAAAAAGAAGAAGAGGUUAAGGAGCAACAGGAUGCUGAGAAGCCUAAGCCGGCUGAUGAUGAGCCGGCGCCGGAGCAGAAGGAGACUGAGGAUUAAUGAUAAGAUUUGCUGAUUGGUAACAUUCUAAUUCUUUAUUCAUCUUAAUUUUUCUUUGUAAUAGUAAAACAUGAUGAUUGAUGGUGAGCUCUUUGAAGAUGUGAAUUAAUCUUUCGGUAUAUUUUUUUAAAAUUUAAAUAGAACGAAAUUAAAUUUA